AUGGCUUCUUUCUUUCUUGUGCUCGGCCUGUUGGCGACAACAUGUUCAAUUGCGCUAGCAUAUGACCCCGAUCCUCUUCAAGAUUUCUGCGUUGCUGAUCUUAAUAGCACCGUGAGAGUGAAUGGUUAUGUGUGCAAGGAUCCAAACCUAGUAAAAGAUGACGAUUUCUACUUCAGCAUCUUCGACAAGGAGGCCAAUUUAUCAAACCCACUUGGAUCAGGGAUAUACUUAGUCAAUGCGUCAGUGAUGCCCGGACUUAACACGCUUGGUCUUUCCUUUUCUCGUGUUGAUUUUAAAACCAGAUUCCUAGUAGGGCUUGUUGCCUCCAGCGCAGAAAAUAAUCGUCUCUUUACACAGGUGCUUGAAGAGGGUGAUAUGUUUGUAUACCCAAAGGGCUUGAUCCACUUUCAGAAAAAUAUUGGACGUGGUCAUGCCAUAGGCCUUGCAGUAUUCAAUAGCCAGAAUGGUGGUCUUAAUGUAAUUGCAAGCGCUGUGUUUGGAUCUCACCCUGCAAUUCCUGAAGAUAUUCUGGCCAAGGCCUUCCAAGUGGACGACGAAACGAUUUUCCGUUUACAGGCACCGUACAUAUAA